UCCACCUCUUGGUAUAAAAUCUGUCCGUCUUUGUGCGUUGGACGUACUGUGUGUCCCCAUCCAUCUGUGUGUCUCCUGUGUGUGCUGCCACCGCCUUAUCUUACAGGCCUCAGAUUCGAGAACAGAAGCCGUUUUUAUUUCCAGCUAUGUCAGACGCUGAAGAGGAAUACGAGGACCAGGCGGUGGAAGUUGAGGAGGAGCCAGAGGCGGAGCCGGAGGAAGAGGAGGAGGAAGAGGAGGAGGAAGCUCAACAGACUGAAGAAGAUGGAGGAGAACAGCAGGAGUACCAAGACCAAGAUGCCCAGGAGGAAGAAGAAGAGCGCCCCAAGCCAAAACCUCUUGUGCCCCAACUUGCUCCUCCAAAGAUUCCUGAGGGAGAACGAGUGGAUUUUGACGACAUCCACAGAAAGCGAAUGGAGAAGGACUUACUGGAGCUGCACACCCUGAUCGAUGCUCACUUUGAGCAGAGGAAGAAGGACGAGGAGGAACUCAUUGGGCUCAAGGAGCGGAUUGAGCACCGUCGAGCCGAGAGGGCCGAGAUCCAGAGAGUCAGAGCCGAGAAGGAGAAGGACCGACAGAAUAGGAUUGCAGAAGAACGUCACAGAAAAGAGGAAGAGGAGGCCAAAAAGAAGGCAGAUGACGACCUGAAGAAGAAGAAAGUGCUGUCUGGCAUGGGAGCCAACUUUGGAGGUUUCCUGGCCAAAGCCGAGUCGAGGAAGAGCAAGCGCCUGACGGGGAGGGAGAUCAAGAGGAAGACGCUGGCCGACAGACGGCAGCCUCUAGGCAUCGACAACAUGAGGGAGGACAGCCUGAGGAACCGGGCCCAGGAGAUGUGGAACUGGAUCCAUCAGCUGGAAUCUGAGAAGUUUGACUUCAUGGAGCAAAUGAAGCACCAGAGAUACGAGAUUACUGUGUUACUGAACAGAAUCCAACAUGCUCAGAAAUUCAAAAAAGGCCACGGCAAGGGGAAGGUGGGUGGUCGCUGGAAGUAAAACUGCAA